GUUUCCCGGUAUGAUUGCGUUCCUGUCCCCUGUCGGUGAUUGAUCUAAGUAGGAACCAGAAAAUGGCAGAUACCAAAAAAGUUGUAAUCGACAAGAAAAAUAAAUAUGAUAGACAGUUGAGAUUGUGGGGAGACCAUGGACAGUCAGCCUUAGAGUCAGCAUGUGUCUGUUUAGUCAAUGUCUCAGCUGUAGGGACAGAAAUUCUUAAAAAUAUGAUAUUACCAGGUGUUGGUUCAUUCACAAUUGUUGAUGGAAACAAAGUAAGCGGAGAGGAUGUAGGAAAUAAUUUUUUCCUGACAAAAGACAGCAUUGGGGAGUCUAGAGCUAAAGCAGCGACAGAGUUACUGAGUGAACUGAAUGAUGAUGUUAGUGGAGAUUUUGUUGAAGAGAGUGCUGAAAAACUGAUCAGAGCAAAUCCAGAUUUUUUCUCAAGAUUUACAUUAGUGAUAGCUACAAAUCUAUGUGAAAGAGAGUUAUUAGAGUUAGAUUCCUUGUUAUCUAAGAGGAACAUCCCAUUGUUAGUAUGUAGAAGUUAUGGAUUUAUUGGUUACAUGAGAAUAGUCAUCAAAGAACACACAGUGAUAGAAUCACACCCAGACAGUGCUCAUGAAGAUUUAAGGUUAGAUCAUCCUUUUCCAAGACUUAUCGAUUAUUGUAAUUCUCUAGAUCUGGAUUCCAUGGAUCAGAAGGACCAUUCACACACACCAUGGAUAGUAAUAGUUUAUAAGUAUUUACAGAAAUGGAGAGAAUCACAUGAUGGAAAUGCACCAAAGAAUUAUAAAGAAAAAUUACUGUUUAAGGAAUUUAUCAAACAAGGUAUAAGGACAAAUAAAGAAGGCUUUCCAUUGGAUGAAGAAAAUUUUGAUGAAGCAGUAAAGAGUGUCAACACAGCUUUGGUACCCAGCAGUAUGCCAAGUGAAGUGAGAAAGCUGUUUGAAGAUCCGUGUUGUAAGAACUUAGAUUCUGAGAGUUCGUCUUUCUGGGUUCUAGUUAGAGCAGUCAAAGAAUUUGUAGAUAAUGAAGGAAAAGGAUUAUUACCUCUGCGUGGAACCAUCCCUGAUAUGACAGCUGACUCCACCAGAUAUAUACAGUUACAACAUGUUUACCAUGGCCAAGCAGAUGAUGAUGUUGGGGUAGUGACAGAGAAAGUUCGUAGAAUAGAACAGAGCAUUGCAAAGGAGGAACCUGUCAACACAUUAAAUAUGCCAACACCAAAUUAUGAAAACUGCAUAUCAGACCAUGAUAUCAAAUUAUUUUGUAAAAAUGCUGCAUUUUUAAGAGUAUUUAGAUCCAGAAGUUUAGCAGAGGAAUACAAUAGCAAAACAGCAAAUCUACAAGAAAUAGCUCAACAUUUAGGUGAUGAGGACAAUGAUGAUGAUGACUUUGUAUUUUAUGUAUUACUGAGAGGCGUAGAUAAAUUUUAUGAGGAAUAUAAUCGAUAUCCUGGUGUUUAUGAAGACCAAGUAGAAGCAGAUGUCACUAUGUUAAAGACAUCAGUACAGAAGAUAUUACAUGACUGGGGACUAAAUCCUACAUCAAUUAAAGAUGAUUAUAUACAUGAGAUAUGUCGAUAUGGAGCCGCAGAACUACACACAAUUUCAUCAUUCAUAGGAGGAGCUGCAGCACAAGAAGCUAUUAAAAUCAUAACAAAACAAUUUAUUCCAUUUAAUAAUACAUAUAUUUAUAAUGCUAUGAAACAGUCAUCAUUAACUGUACAGCUAUGAUAUAUUUAUAUAUGCAUAAGUUUUCAGUUCAGGAACAGUUCACCAAUGAAUCAAAACAAAAAUAAUCCGCUUCAAGAAAGAAGCUUUAACCAUUUUUCUGUACAUUAAGUUUGGAGGAUGUAAUUUUAUCAUGCUAUACACUAGAGGAAACUUGAAAGCUUGUAAUCUAUAAAAACUUUUAUUAUUAGAACUGAAACUUUCUUCUGAGGUCUGCAAUAGAAAUGUCCUCAUAACAGUGGUGGGCUCUGUUGAGAGAUUGAAUGAUAAAAUAUUCUAAAUGUAUCAUGAAAUUUGCCAUGUGAGAGGAGUUGUCUCCCCUGAGGUGACAGUAAUCAAAGGAGGACUUUUGUGAAGAUAAAGAAAGAAUACCCGGUACUUCAUAAUUUACAUUGUAUUUUACGUGAUGAAACAACACUUUCUUCUCAAAAAGUUGCAAGUCUCAACCUUAAAUCAAACUAGACAUUCUUGAUUUAUAUCACAAUGAAAAAUAAACCCUUUAAUAGCUAUAGGAUAUCAGAAGGUUUUGUCAGAAUGAUCUCUAUUUGGACACUUAAAAAAGGUGCCUUAAAAGUCCAAUGAGUCUUACUUUUUUACUGAAUUAUAAAUUUUGUUAUUUUUUUCAAUAAUAAAAAACAAUUUAAAUUUGACUACACUGAACCUGGUUGAAAUUCCUUUGGCUGUCUGAUAAUGAACAUUCAUUGGCAUCAGUUAAAUCAUUUUGCUAAGUUCUUGGUGGAAUUGUCUCCCUUCAAUUCAACUAAAGAAUGUUUACAUAGGUAUAUCAAAGUCAAUAAAAUACAUCAAAUUCUCAUCAUUGUUAUUUUUGUCCCCCGCUCAACGCGUUGUAGGGGACAUAGAAACACUGGUUGUCUGUCCUGUCUUGUUAGCGCUCUCACAGGUACAAUUCUUGCCAGAUUUUUAUAAAACUUAUACUAUUGGUUCAUAUCAACAGUAUCUUGGACAAGUUUUAUAAUGGUGGCCUAUCGACUUUUUUUAAAAGAGUAAUGCCCCUUAGAAAUAUUAAAUUUAUGGAAAAUGGCCUCGUUAGCGCUCUCACGGGUACAAUUAAUGCUAGAUUUUUAUAAAACUUAUACUAUAGGUUAAUAUCAGUAAUAUCUCAGACAAGUUCUAUAAUGGUGUCCGAUCGACUUUUUCAAAAGAAUUAUGCUUCUUGGAAAUAUUAAAUUUAUGGAAAAUGGCCUCGUUAGCGCUCAUACGGGUACAAUUCUUGCCAGAUUUUUAUAAAACUUAUACUAUAGGUUAAUAUAACAGCAAUAUCUUGGACAAGUUCUAUCAUGGUGGUCAAUCGACUUUUUUUUAAAAGAGUUAUGCUCCUUGGAAAUAUUAAAUUUAUGGAAAAUGGCCUCGUUAGCGCUCAUACGGGUACAAUUCUUGCCAGAUUUUUAUAAAACUUAUACUAUAGGUUAAUAUAACAGCAAUAUCUUGGACAAGUUCUAUCAUGGUGGUCAAUCGACUUUUUUUUAAAAGAGUUAUGCCCCUUGGAAAUAUUAAAUUUAUGGAAAAUGGCCUCGUUAGUGCUCUCACAGGUACAAUUCUUGCCAGAUCUUUAUAAAACUUAUACUAUACUAUAAGUAAUGCCCCUGAAGGUCUGUUUGAAAUGUAAUUUAUUUUCUUUAACAAGAUAAUCAAAGAUCUAUUUCAGCAGUCUAUAAAAUAUGUGCAAGGGGGGGGGACAUUAGAACUCUGUUCUUUUAUUACUUGUAAAAUUAUUUUAUCUAUCAUCUGGCAUUGGCCAACUGUUAACAAGCAUGCUUAUUUCUGUAACAAGUCUACCACAGGAAGAAAUGUGAAAAGUGGUUAAGACAAAAAAAGCUGAAAAUAGAUUAAAAAAAAACUAUUUGGAUGGUGAUUUAAAGAAUGAUUUAAACAAAGAUUUUAAUGUCAAAUGGCUGUGGAAUUGGUACAAAAGUGUGAUAAAUCAGAUCUUCGAAGAAUUUGGGAAAAAUUAAUUGUUAAGUUUUGUAUGUAAAAUUUAAAAUUUUAUCUGAUUAUUGUGAAAUUUAGAAAGCAUUUCUUGUUCUUUUAAUGUUAUUUCUUGAUAAAGUCCCAAAAUGUAUAGAAGAUAUAUGUAUUCUAUCUUCAAUGUUUUGUUGCUGAAUGCUUAUGUAAUGUUGAUUGUGAAUUCAAGUUUAACUGAUGUGAAGGAAUUACUGUGUCACUGUUUAUCAGCAGAAGAAUAUUAUCCAUAAUCAGAUGAACAAACUUUCAUGAAUAAAAAAUGGAAGCCAUUAUUUCUUCUUAUAAAAGUGUUUGCUUUGUGACAGGUCAAAUGUACAAAAAUAAAACAUUAAUUCUGCAAAUUUGAAUAAUUUAUAUUAGGGCAAUAUAUUCCAUUUGCCAAUUACCGAUUUGAUUCUGUUAUUGCACACUUUUCACACAAAUUGCUUCCCCUUGAUAAUCAUAUACUGGUUCUAUACCAGACAAAAUUGUUGAUAAGUUGAAAGUGAUAUAUAAGCAUUUUAACCAAUUUUUAGUGAAAAAUAACCAGUGGUAUAAAGUUUUUACCUUAACAAAAAAUUAAAUGUAAUUAAAAGAUUUGAAAAACAAAAUGGUUUCACACAUUACAUACAGAGAUAAAUAUGCUCUUUCUGCUACCUCUCCAUUGUUAAUGAUGAUUUAUGUCUCUCCUAAGGAAGACAAAAAAGGAUCUCUAAAGACUGGGUCAAGUAUGGGAAUUGGCAAAUACAAUAUUCAGCCCUAAAUCAUAUCAUCUCCGUUAUAAAAAUUUACAUUCAUAGGGGAAAAAUCAACUGCUUUCAUAUUUUUAUCCACUUAAAAAAAAAAUAUUAUGUAGAUGAUAAGUAUGUUCGAUUUCCUAAUUUAGUCCUAUGUCUUAUGCAUAAUAAAGAGAGAAGCUGAAAUAAAAGAUUUUUGUACAACACUAAAAA